AUGUCUCUUUCAAAGGUGAACUUCAAAAUCCUAGACAUAUCCGAUAAGAAUUAUUUGCCUUGGGUUCUAGAUGCAGAGGUACAUAUGGGUGCUAGCUCACUUGAUAAGACUAUUACUAAGGACAAUAAGGAGUCCCAAGAAGAUCGCUCAAAAGCAUUAAUUUUUAUUCGUCAUCACUUAGACGAAGCUUUGAAGUCCCACUAUCUUAUGGUGAAAGACCCGUACACUCUGUGGACAGAGCUGAAGGAUAGGUUUGACCAUAAAAAAACGAUUGUCUCUCGCUUAAAACUAUGCGUAAAAAUAAUUAUUGAUGCUGAUCUUUUGGAAAAGACUUACUCCACCUUUCAUGCGUCAAACAUUUUUCUUCAACAACAAUAUCGUGAAAGGCAGUUUAAGAAAUACUCCGAGCUUAUCUCUUGCCUUCUAGUAGCUGAGCAGAAUAAUGAGUUAUUACUCAAGAACCAUCAAAGUCACCCAACAGGUUCAACAAUUGCUCUAGAGAUGAACGCUACAGAAAGUCGUGGAAAUGCUCCUGAAAGCCGUGGGAAAGGACACGGACGUUGGUUAGGUCCUAAAAAGCCCAACAAAAAGAAGAAGGCUGGUAAUUAUUCCCAUCAUCAGAAGAGGAAGAACAAUGUGUUCCCAAAACACAAAGGCAAAAGCUCGCAAAGCCAUUCAAAGCGCCAUGAAUCUGUCUGUCACCGUUGUGGUUCACCAGGGCACUGGGAAAAUGUUUUCCGUACUGCAAGGCACCUUGUUGAUCUUUAUCAGGCGUCUAUUAAACAAAAGGAAAAGAAGACUGAAACCAAUUUUGCCCAAUAUGACAUACCAAUGGAUAUUGCCCAUCUUGAUAUUUCCGACUUCAAGAAUGAUGGGAAUGAUACUGAAGACAUGGAUUCCUUCCUCAAGGAUAUAUCUAAACCUUUAUAA